GAGGAUGCUGAGCAGGCUUGUGGGAGCCAGUUGUGUCCAGGACACAGAAAGGGAGGUGGUCAGUGAGAAGUCAGUGUGCGGCUUAGAUUCUAAAGUGAGCCAGGUCCACACCGUGUGAACCAGGGGCCGGGCAGGAACCAGAGGGCCGCACGGCCUUGCUGCAGGCCUGUGAAGAGUCUCGGUCUCCAGCCUACCGUCACGCUGCAUUUAUUCAUUCAACAAGUGUUUACUGAGCACCCACCGGGUGUCAAGUACUGGGCAUCCUGUAGCCCCUGCCCUCGGGAAGCUUACGCUCGAGGGGACCAGGUCCCAAGCUUUGCCACCUAACCUGAAAUCCCCGUCAGCCUCAGGGGUGGUGGCAGGGCCUGUGGCGUCCCGGGGCCAGGCUGUUCUAAGCUGCGGGGAGCGGCGUGGGGAAGGCCCUCAGAGCAGACUCUGCUCAGUGGCCUGCUCUGGGCCCUUUAGCCGGCAGGACCUUCCUGGGAUUACUGAGGUACAGGAAGGAGAGAUGGGGCAGUGGUGGGAGCGGGAGGAGGGGACGAGGCUGAGUGGGAGCGGUGGGGACUCUGGGUGGUGAGGGUUCGGUGACUGUGACCUCUGCUCAGGGCCUCCUGUGUGCCAGUCCCUAGGCACACACGUGUGUACCUUGCCUCACAGGUGAGGAAACCGAGGCCCACAGAGAUGAAGUGAUGUGUCCGCCUAGCAAGAGGCGAGGUCAGGGUCAGAACUGAGACCUGUGCCCGUAACCAGUGAUGGCAGGAACACGGUGUGGUGUGGCCCCUGCUGUCCAUAGUGUCAGUAAAAUCAAACAACCAACCUCAGCAUGGAGGUUUCCAGCCUAGCCCCGGCGCUGGUGCUGACACGGAGCCCCGGAAUGGGCGCCCUUUGUGAGGUGGCCCUGGGAGUUGGCAGCAGGUUCCGUCCUUCUGCCGGGGGAGGGGCGGGCAGAAGCCUGGAGCAGGGACCCAAGUGGAAGAUGGUUCUCGCCAUGCGGGGGGCUCUGUCCCCCAGGGCCGCGCUGAGCCUCCUCCUCCACCUCAACCUCAUCCUGGCGGCUGCGCUCCUCCGCCGCCAGCCGCUAAGGCCUCAGCGACCUGUUCCCGAGGAAUUUUCAGCCCCCCUGGAACUCUCGGAGCCACUUUCUGGCCUGGUGGACGGUAGUAUCUCCUCCUUCCCCUACCCCUUCCCCUCCUCUGCCCCCAACCCUACCUGGUGGGGGAGAGAUGCCCUAGGAGAGAGCACCCAGGUCCAGCCUGAGGGCCUUCUCCCAAAUGGCAUCUGCCUGGGGACGUCUUCAGCGGACGCAAAACAGAUUCUCCCUCCCACUCAUACCCUCUUCUCUCUCCUUAGACUACGGGGUGCGCCCCAAGCACCCAUGGCCACGAGGGCCUCGACCCCUUCUCUCCCGGGCCCAGCAGCGCAAGCGGGACGGGCCAGACAUGGCUGAGUAUUACUACGAUGCACGGCUGUGACGGGAACCCCUUAUAAAGCUAUUCUUUGCAGCAAUGGCUUGGGCUUUCCUGGGAUGGAAACGAGCUGGGCAAGGGAGGGGGGUCCAAGUAGACAGGCAGAUGAGACCCACUGUGGUCCCGACAGGAAAUGGCACUUUAAUAGUUGUGGCCAGCAUAACAGGACCGAGAUGGGGCUACCGCUGAAGCAGCCAAGGGGCCUGGCUGGCCGGGGCCGGGGCGGAAGCCUCCUUUUCCUGCUGAGGCGGGGCCCCACUGCGGCGCUCUCCCUCCCUGUGAGGCCGCACCCCUGCCAGGGGCCGGCAUGCCGGUGAGGCUGGUGGUAGGAGCCAUCCAGAGGCCACCCAAGUGACAGGGCUGGGGACAGGGACUGCGCUCCCACCUGCUGCCGUUCUCCUUGCUGCAAAGUCCUCGGGAGGUGGCUGGGUUCAGCCUGAGCUCAGGGCCCUUCGGUUGGGCUUGGGAGCUGGGGGCGGGGGUGGGGUGGGCACUCGCAGGUGGCAUGAGCUUUGUCGAGGUGGGAGCCAAUGGCCGGAGGCCCAAGAUAGGACAGAACCCUCCGCUCCGAGGAUGGGCACCCUUCCUGGCCAGAGGCUUAAUACCACCCCCCAGCCCCACUCCCUCCCAAUCCCUGGGCAGCCCACUCCGUCCUCCAUAGAUGAAUCUGAUCCCAUUACGAUAAACUGCAUUUGCCUCUCCCCAUAACCCCCACCCUCCCCCACCCUCGGCCAACAGCCCCCCACUUCCCCAUCCUCUGGUAGUGGCAGGUGCCCCUCCUCAAGCAGUGCCAUGUCCUGUCAGCAGCCAGCCAUCCUGGCGCCGGCCCCAGGGCCCAGGGGAUGCAGAGGGCGAGGCAGAGCUGCUACUCCAGGUAGAUAUCUUCUGUGGGGCAGGUGUACUCCACGAACUGCUUGUAGAACUGCUGGAACGCUCUCCUAGGAGGCAGGCAGACACACCAGAAUGACUGGGGAGGAACAGGAUCUCGACCCAGGGUUUUCACACAGGAGCCUCGGGGUACCCGGAUGGGGCUGCGCCUCCCCCAGCCAGAGCUGCUCGGCUCUGUUCUCUGCACACAGUGUUUCCUGAGUGAGAUUUCAGGUGAAGAAAGGGCCCAGCAACUAAGAAGUUUGGACCUCAAGACCACCCAGCCCUCUCUCCAGGCCACUGUGGCCCAAGGACACUGUGCAGAGCGCCGGGGAGGACUGAGGGAUGCUGCCGAGCAUGAGGAACGUGCUCGGGGCCUGAGACCGGGGCUGGCCACAGGGCUGGGUGCUUGGCAGGACACACACACGUACCCCACGGAUUCUGCCAGGGCUUUGGUGGAUUCUUCAGACACAAAGACAUGGCAGGCAAACCGGUGGUCGGCAGGGUGCUUGGUGAUGAACCCAAAAUACCUGUGGGAGGACAGCAGUCUGUCUGGGCAGGACGGGGGCUCAGAACCCUCAGGCACACGCGUGGACCCACGCCCUGAACCACCACCCACACCUUGACCUCUUCCCCAUCGUGUUCCUACUUGUUGUUCUUUGGAUGGUAUCCGCAGAAAGAGAUGUUUUUUAACUGGAAGAA